AUGAACGACGAUGACGCGAUUCACAACAUCCACAAGAAGAUAGAGCGGGAAAAGGCCCUCAUCAACGCUGCCAAUUCUAUGAGGGCACAGACAAACAAUGAAGCCGUUAGAUCCCGUCUCGACUCCCAGAUGCGCGAUGGCCGCCGCAACCUCCAGUUUUUCGAGGAGAAGCUUAGGGAUAUUCAGCUGCGCCGUGUGAACCAAGGUGUUGGAGACAUGUCUCUCGGGGGACCUGCUGACGAUGCCGGUGGCCCUCCCGCACCACCUCCUAAGGAUGCCUCCAGCAAUCCCGCGGGAGAUAGAGGUUCCUACGGCUCUGGUUCGGGACAGUACAGCCAGGCUGGCGGUGGUUCCGACUUAAUGCCCCCUCGUCAUCCUUAUGCACCGGGACCUGGUGGAUCGGGUAUUCCUAAGGCACGCCCCAACUUUACCAAGUUAGACUUAAUCAAAUAUGAUACGCCACACCUGGGCCCUCGUAUUCAACUCAUGUUGUCCCAGAUCCAGUUCAAGCUCAAUGUCGAGGAGCAGUACCUGAAGGGUAUUGAGAAGAUGGUUCAGCUUUAUAGCAUGGAAGGUGAUCGGAAGAGCAAAGCCGACGCAGCCGCUAGGAAGGUUGAAAGCAAGCAGAAGAUUCUACUGUUGAAGCAGGCACUCAAGAGAUAUGAAGAACUGCAUAUCGACGCGGACGUUGCGGAUGCACAAGAUGGUAAGUUGGCGUUGAAUGACGUCGAAUGUGAAGCUGACAAAGAGUUAGAUGAUUCAAUCAACGCCCCCAACCUCAGGAAGCCCCUCAGUGGACAACUCUCGAUUCGAAUGAUAGCAAUCAAAGAUGUUGACCAUGCUGCGACUGGACGGUUCACGAGAGGUCCCGAGACCUUUAUUGCCGUGAAGGUUGAGGAUACCGUCAUGGCUCGUACGAAAGCGUCCAGGAACGAUCGAUGGGAGGCUGAGUUCCAUACUAUCGAAGUCGACAAGGCCAACGAAAUCGAGUUGACUGUCUACGACAAACCUGGCGAACACCCCAUGCCCAUAGGCAUGCUCUGGGUUCGCAUUUCCGACAUUGUUGAGGAAAUUCGUCGCAAGAGGAUUGAGGCCGAAAUGAACAGCUCUGGCUGGGUGUCUGCCGACAGAAUGGGCAGCACCAGUGCUGCCCCUACACAGUUCCCGAUGAGUCCUUCUUCAGGCUCUUUUGGACCAGGUGCUCAAUCGACUGGUGGUGACCAAGGGGAUGAUACUGGCCCAUUCGGAGCUGCUGGUCCCCAGCCUCAGGUGCAAACUGGACCUAUCGAGGAAUGGUUCAAUCUCGAGCCAACUGGACAGAUCCAACUUCAGUUGACAUUUAACAAGUCCAACAACAACAGCCGCCCUGCCGACCUUGGUCUUGGUCGAAAGGGUGCCGUUCGUCAACGAAAGGAAGAAGUCCACGAGAUGUACGGACACAAGUUCGUGCAGCAUCAGUUUUACAAUAUCAUGCGCUGUGCGCUUUGCGGAGAUUUCCUUAAGUACUCAGCAGGCAUGCAGUGUGAGGAUUGCAAGUAUACCUGUCAUACGAAGUGUUAUUCUAGCGUCGUUACAAAGUGCAUCAGUAAGAGUAACGCUGAGACUGAUCCCGACGAGGAAAAGAUCAACCACCGCAUUCCGCACAGAUUCAACCCUUAUUCCAACAUGACAGCAAACUGGUGUUGUCACUGUGGUUACAUCUUGCCUUUUGGAAAGAAGAACUGCAGAAAGUGCUCAGAAUGUGGUCUUACUGCCCACGCCCAGUGUGUUCAUCUUGUCCCCGAUUUCUGCGGCAUGUCAAUGGCCGUCGCCAACCAGAUUCUGGACGGCAUAAGGACUCAGAAGCAAAGACAAGCCAAGGUUUCUUCACUUUCAGAAAAGACACUUCGACAUGGCAAGACUAGCCCGACAAGCACCAGCUCGCCGGCUCCCUCAUACUCCAGCACGACUGCUCCUUCUUACCAGUCAGGACCAGUCUCCCCGGAGGCUACAGAGGCCGCUAAGAUGAUGUACUCGAACCCUUCCACGCCGAGACCUGCCGGCCCUGAUCGAACUUCAUCCAGCUCCCAAGCUGCGGCUGCAGCAUCUGCGGCUAUGUCUGGAGGACCUGGUGCGGCCCAACGGCAGAACUCAGACUUUGGGCGAUAUAGCGGCGGUUACGAUCAACCGCAAGAAGACCCCUAUGCUCAAGGAGGUCAAUACGGCGCGGGCCAGCAGCGUAAGUACAACCCGGCCGAUUAUGCGAACGUGAACCCUGGCUACGGAGGACCACAGCCUGCUGCUCAGGCUCAGCGACCUGUACAGCAGCAGCCAGCCCAACAACCUCCUCCUCAGUCACCGCUACCUCCAGUACCGCAACACCAACAACAGCAGCCACAGGCUGCCUACCAACAGCCCGCAGUGCCGGCGCAUAGCCCUCAGCAACCAGAACCCAUGUCUCCUAAGCAGCAGUCAGCGGCUGGUGGUAAGUCUGCUCCCUUGGCUACUGACCCUGGAACUGGCCAGCGUAUCGGACUUGAUCAUUUCAACUUCCUGGCUGUGUUGGGCAAGGGUAACUUCGGUAAAGUUAUGUUGGCCGAAACCAAGCGCUCUCGAAAGCUCUAUGCCAUCAAGGUUCUCAAGAAGGAGUUCAUCAUCGAGAAUGAUGAAGUCGAGAGUAUCCGUUCUGAGAAGCGUGUGUUCUUGGUUGCCAACCGGGGCAGACACCCAUUCUUGACCAACUUGCAUGCAUGCUUCCAAACAGAGACCCGUGUGUACUUCGUCAUGGAGUACGUUAGUGGUGGUGAUCUGAUGUUGCACAUUCAGCGAGGUCAGUUCGGUACUAAGCGUGCGCAAUUCUACGCCGCCGAGGUCUGCCUGGCGCUCAAGUACUUCCACGAGAACGGUGUUAUUUACCGUGAUUUGAAGCUUGACAACAUUCUUCUCUCACUUGAUGGUCAUGUCAAGAUUGGUGAUUACGGUUUGUGUAAGGAGGAUAUGUGGUAUGGCUCCACAACAGGUACCUUUUGUGGUACUCCCGAAUUCAUGGCCCCGGAGAUUCUCCUGGACAAGAAGUACGGCCGUGCUGUCGAUUGGUGGGCAUUUGGUGUGCUGAUUUACCAAAUGCUUCUGCAGCAGUCUCCUUUCCGUGGAGAGGAUGAGGACGAGAUUUAUGACGCUAUUCUCGCCGAUGAGCCCCUGUACCCCAUUCACAUGCCUCGAGACUCAGUCUCAAUCCUCCAGAAAUUGCUCACUCGUGAGCCUGACCAGCGACUCGGAAGCGGCCCGACUGAUGCCCAGGAGGUGAUGAGCCAGCCAUUCUUCCGAAACAUCAACUGGGAUGAGAUGUACCACAAGAGAGUGCCGCCGCCUUUCAUGCCGCAGAUCAAGAGUGCGACAGAUACCAGCAACUUCGACUCCGAGUUCACAAGCGUUACUCCCGUUUUGACUCCAGUUCAAUCCGUUUUGUCACAGGCCAUGCAAGAGGAGUUCCGAGGCUUCUCAUACACAGCUGAUUUUGACUAA